AUGUCAGUCGGGCGAGUCCUCGUUAUUGCGGGAUCUGAUAGUUCUGGCGGCGCUGGACUGGAGGCUGACCAGAGAGUCCUGACUGCCCAUGGCUGCUAUGCUCUUACAGCAACUACCGGCUUGACCGCGCAGAACACCCUUGGAGUGCAAGACAUCUUUGUGGUACCGGCCGACUUCGUCGAGAAACAAAUCCGAGCGGGCCUCGAUGAUGUCGGGGCGGACGUUGUCAAGCUUGGAAUGCUCUCGUCCGCAACGACUAUCGACGUUGUUGCGGAUGCACUUACGUCGUAUCAGAUUCCGUCUGUGGUCUUAGAUCCGGUGAUGAUCUCCACCAGCGGCUCCCAGUUAUUACCUGAAGCCGCAGUUCAGGGUUUGCGUACGAAAUUGCUUCCUUUGACAACUAUUCUUACACCAAACAUCCCAGAAGCACAGCUUCUGCUGAAAGAUGCUGGUCAAGAGCCUACCAAUCCGGAGGACCUCCAAGGGCUCAUAGAUCUUGCAAAACGAGUGGCUGCACUGGGCCCUCGAGCUGUUCUGUUGAAAGGCGGGCACCUGCCACUCACGAAAGACUACACAGCCGCCAAAGGAUCAGACGACGCCUCGAGGGUGAUUGAUAUUCUAUACGCCGGAGAGGAGGUAACUCAAUUCGAAACAGAGUACCUAGUUUCUAAAAAUACCCACGGCACCGGGUGCUCUCUUGCAUCUGCCAUAGCGGCGAAUCUGGCGCUUGGGAAAGACUUGAAGAGAGCCGUGCGUAAUGGUGUCCGUUUCGUUGAAGCGGGAAUCAAGACUAGUUAUGACAUCGGGAAAGGAAGUGGGCCUAUUAACCAUUUUCACUCCGUGUACAGCUUGCCCUUCGCGCCAGGGCGGUUCCUAGAGUACGUUCUAGAUCGGCCCGACGUACAAUCGGUUUGGAAGCGAUUCACAGAGCAUGAAUUCGUCUUAGGUCUGGGCAGCGGUACACUUCCCGUUGAACGUUUUAAGGAAUACCUAGUUCAGGACUACUUGUACCUCGUCCAAUUCGCUCGAAGCAACGCACUUGCGUCCUAUAAGGCAAAGGACAUGGAGUCAAUAGCUGCGUCUGCCAAAAUUGUUCUCCACAUCCAACAAGAAACCGCGCUACAUAUCGAUUACUGCGCGUCUUUUGGGCUAUCCAAAGAAGAGAUGGAGAAGGUUCCAGAGACGACAGCUUGCACGGCGUACAGCAGAUACAUUCUCGACGUAGGCCAAUCGGAAGACUGGCUUGCACUACAGGUCGCCCUAGCUCCUUGUCUGAUUGGAUAUGGGGCAAUUGCACAGAGGCUCCACGCGGAAGAAAAGACCCUUCGAGAGGGCAACCGAUAUUGGAAGUGGAUAGAGAACUAUGUGGCAGAGGAUUACACCGAGGCUGUUCGUCUAGGCUCCGAGCUACUCGAAACUCAUAUGAGGAAGGUCUCGCUAUCCCGGAUGGAAGAGUUGGUCAAGAUCUUCAUCAAGGCAACCGAAUUGGAGAUCAUGUUUUGGGACAUGGGACUUGGCGCUGGACACAGCUGAUGUACAUAUAGCUUGUCUCCAUGAAUGUUUGUAUAUAGAUCAAGUUCCCUUCUAUA